CCAGCGCUUCCCUCCCGCCGAGAUCCCGAUGGGUUGAAACCCGUUUUCGCCAAGUCUCGCCUUGCCACUCGUUUGACACAUUUUGUUCGGAAUAGCUCGCAAGGAGCACUUAGAUUGUUUCCGAAACGCCUUGAAGGUGAUCGAGGAUUAGCGGCAAAGGAAAUCCCAUUGGCGGUAUUCUCAGCUCCACCGAUCCAAGCCACACAUCAACCCACUUGCCACCAUCACGACCAACAUCCCUUGCCAACUCCGCAGCGUCUUGGCGCCAUCACAAUAAUCCUGUUGGCUCCGAGAAUAUCUCCAUAACCGGCUCCGUUGUACGUGAACCGAUGAGCCUCCUGCGCACCUCCUCCACGGCGCGAUUCUUCGCUGGGCUGUUCGUCACCGCCGGUCUCUUUGCCUACUUCACACAUUCAGUGCCCUCGCUGUCGCUCCAGCUACAAAUGGACGACGAACCAGCGCCAGGUCCCAUCUCGGGCAUCACCGUGUCCCUAAAACAAAAGAGCACGUCACCGCCCACAAUCGUAGUCCAUGUGACCAACACCAACAGCGACCCUGUCACGUUCCUCUCCUACGCUUCCCCGCUGGACGGGCUGGCACUGCAGCUCGGCCUGCUAUCCAUCACGCCUGACGGCGCGAGCGCACCUCUCGAAAUCCCAACUCUCGAGGUGCAGAGAAAGUGGCCGCCAGAAGCGGAGUCACUCGUCACCUUUGCGCCAGGAGAGAGCCAGCAGCAGGAUAUAGUGCUGAAGGACACAGUGGUGUCGCCAGACGAUAUAGGCGCCAAGGCGAUUGUGCAGUUGAAGGGCAAGUGGCAAGCUGUCUGGGGGAAGGCAAAGGAGGAUAUUAGCAAAGAGGCGAUGGAGAAGGCCGGAAUUGCUGAUGAUGCCUAUUCGGGGGUUUUCAUGUCAAAUGAAUUAGAGAUUGAAGUUACUGCUUAAAUCUAUCCGUGUUUGAGUUCGCUUGGGGCAAUGGAGGCUUGGCGUUUAGCACAUUACAUG